AUGAACCUCAAAAAGUGGAAAUGCCCAUCUUGUAAACAACCAAAGAAACCGACCACACCAACAUCCACCGAGCCUAAGUCACCGCUGAUUAUUAAUGAAAGGUCAGACGAUAACGCUGCUAACAUGCCGUCAAUCGUCAGCAUUGACACAGAAAUUUUAUUAAAUAGAAUGAACAGCAACUUCCUGCAAUUGUCAAUGGAUAUGCAGGGCCUUAAGACAAGCGUCAACGAGAGACUGGACCAGUUGAGUGCCAGCAUCAAUGGUUGGGCCACUAAAUUUCAAGAGUUAGAAGAGACCGUCGCGAACGUUCGUGCCGAAGUUGCUGCCGUUACGGAGGAAAAUACAGCCCUCCGUAGUCAGUUAAAAGAGAUCCAGCAAAACAUCGACGAGCAGGAGCAAAAAGCCCGCCAGUGUAACAUCGAGAUACAAAAUUUACCUGCUAAACCUUCUGAAAACCUAAUCCAUGUGACUCUGGCCCUGGGUAAAGUACUGAACGUCCCUUUAACGGUCGAGUCUAUAAAAGCAGUGCAUAGAGUGGCUCCUAAUAUUCAAAGUGAUCGUCCGAAAAAUAUAAUCGUAGAGCUAUGUUCCCGCCGACUCCGCGACGACGUGAUCGCUGCCGCGCGCGCUCGCCGCGGUGUCACCGUUGGCCAGCUGCUUGGCGCCGCAGCGACCCCCAGUGGCAGUGGGCCGGCCGACCAACAAAAGGCGGAAUCAAGACCUAUUUUCAUCAACGAGCACCUGACGCUGAAAAAUAAAAUCUUAUAUUCUAAAACACGUAAGGCCGUUGCCGAGAAGAAUUAUAAGUUUGUCUGGAUAAAAAACGCCGCGAUUCUUGUUAAAAGAGACGAUUCAUCCGCUAUAAUACGUAUACGGAAGGAAAGCGAUUUGACUAAGUUAUGA